GGUUCAGGAUUAUGGUCCUGUGGGGGUAAUUAAUUCAGUGGAGUCUGGCCAUGCGACUUGAGAGUUAUUCUUAUCUGGUGCUGGACUUGCUUGACCCUAUACAUACACGCCACUGCUCCCAUCCAUUUCCUUCCAAGAUAUUCCACAUUGAACUGAUUUCUUAUUCCCUAUUAUCUAUUCCCCAUCUCUCAACGCAGGCCGACAUCAACUUGUUAAUGGUUUGACACCGUAAUACUGUCGUUUAGAUCAACUUGUUCAACCAUGUCUUCCCAAUCUUCAGCGGCUUCUUCUCAAGCCUCGCUUCAAAAUACCAUGAACCCCGACCCAUCAGUUAUUAUUGGCAUGGCUUGUCGUGUGCCUGGCGCGACAACCCCCAGUAAGCUAUGGGACAACAUCGCUGAGAGGAGAGACCUCCAAUCGAAGAUGCCCGCCGAUCGAUUCAAUGUCGAUGCCUUUUUCCAUCCCAAUGGAGCCCAUAAGGGAACAAUGAACGCCCGAUAUGGCUACUUCCUUGAACAAGAUCUCGGCAUGUUCGAUGCCGGUUUCUUUGGUAUCUCUGGCAAAGAAGCCGAAGCCAUGGAUCCCCAGCAACGAUUGCUUCUAGAGGUGGUGUACGAGGCAUUGGAGAAUGCUGGCAUCACUCUGGAUGAAAUCAGUGGUUCCUUGACUUCGGUCUUCUGCGGCAGCUUUACCAACGACUACAUGGCAACGACCGUCAAGGAUCUUGAAUACUACCCCCAAUACUCGGUCACCGGAACCGGAAAUUCCAUUUUGAGCAAUCGUAUUUCUUAUUUCUAUAACCUUCAUGGAGCGAGCGUCACGUGCGACACCGCAUGUUCCUCUUCCCUCAUUGCCCUCCACUGGGGCAAUGGCACUCUUCAAAAUCGAGAGGCCGACAUUUCCAUCGUCGUCGGCUCCGCCCUUCAUUACGACAUGAACAUCUACCAGAUGAUGACGGACCUGAGCAUGCUCAGCACCGACGGGCGCUCUCGUGCGUUUGAUAACGGUGCGAGCGGCUAUGUCCGUGGUGAAGGCAUUUGCGCGACGGUGCUCAAGCGCCGGAGCGACGCGGUUGCCAGCGGCGAUUCCAUUCGUGCCAUCGUGCGGGGCACCAUGGCUAAUCACGAUGGUCGCAAGGCGGGCAUUACCCUUCCCAAUCCGAUAGCGCAGGAACAGCUCAUUCGGCAUACCUAUAAAAUCGCUGGGCUGGACCCUGCAGACACCCAAUAUUUCGAAGCUCACGGUACCGGUACCAAGGCUGGUGACCCCCGUGAGACCUCUGCUAUCGGAGCGGUCUUCGCUCCUAGCAGAGAAGAGCCUCUCUAUGUUGGCUCCGUCAAGACCAAUGUCGGCCAUCUUGAGGGUGCUUCCGGCCUUGCCGGUAUCAUCAAGACUGUUAUGGGACUUGAGAAGCGCAAGAUCCCACCGAACAUGCUCUUCAAGAACCCCAACCCGGAAAUCAAGUUCGACGAGUGGAAGAUCCGGGUGCCAACUUCAAUGGUCGAUUGGCCGGAGAAGAACGGUGUCCGCCGUGCUUCUAUCAAUUCGUUCGGCUACGGUGGUACAAACGCACACGUCAUCCUGGAAGCUUACACGGAACCCGAAACCACCAUUCCUCGUCAGAUCUUGCCUGGAGCUCUGGCGUCUAUGGUGGCUAGCCGUCCAUAUCUCAUCCCGCUUACCUCCCACAUUGAGAAAGCCGGCAAGCUCCAUAUCUCCGCUCUCACGGAAUAUCUUGAUGCGCGCGAAGAUGCCAACGUCGCCGAUCUCGCAUUCUCGCUCAGCAGCCGCCGCACCAUGCACCCCUUCCGCUCAUUCGCGAUUGGACACGACCGAGCAUCAGUUACCAGCGAUAUGACCAACCCUCAACCCCUUGCCAAGUGGACGGCUGCCGAGUCUGGCCGAACCAGAAUUGGUAUGGUCUUCACCGGCCAGGGUGCUCAGCACUUUGCGAUGGGCCGUGAACUCAUCCAGAAGUCUCCGCUCUUCAAGCAGUCUCUCGAGAAGUGUGAUACUGUCCUCCAAAGCCUGCCAGAUGCGCCCAAGUGGUUAGUCAUUGAGGAAAUGACCAAGUCCAAGGAGGAUUCCCGCGUCACCCAGACUGAAUUCUCUCAGCCUCUGUGUACUGCUCUUCAGUUGGCUAUCGUGGACCUCCUCAAUUCUUGGGGCAUCAAGCCGGCCGCCACCGUUGGACAUUCAUCCGGCGAAAUGGCCGCGGCUUAUGCUGCUGGUAUCCUCACCUUUGAAGGUGCCAUCAUUGCUGCCUACUACCGUGGCCUCUACAUGUCCAAUACCUCUGCCAACACUGUUAAAGUUUCUGGUGGAAUGAUGGCUAUCGGCCUGACCGAACCCCAGGCCAAGGCUGAACUGCAAGCGUUUGAGGGUCGCCUUGCCAUUGCAGCAAUCAACUCCCCUUCCAGCAUCACCAUUUCUGGUGAUGAGGAUGCCAUCCUGGAACUCAAGAACACUCUUGUUGAACGCAAAGUCUUCGCUCGCCAGCUCCAGGUCGCUCAGGCUUUCCACUCUCACCACAUGUUCCCGCUUGCCCCCGCUUACGAACGGGCAUUGAACUCCUGCCCGCAAUUUAAGCCGCAGCCCCCGACUUGCCGAAUGUUUUCGUCUGUCACUGCUCGCUUGGCGGAUUACACCCAAAUGGGUGCGGCUUACUGGGCAGCAAACAUGACUGGGACUGUCCGAUUCUACGAAGCCUUGACUGGCAUCUUGCUUAAUGACAACGAUGAGCAAAACGUCGAUAUCCUUCUCGAGAUCGGAGCUCAUGCUGCUCUCAAGGGUCCCUCUCGCCAGGGUGUCACCUCCUUGAAGCUGGAUCUGCCAUACCUCGGAUCCCUCACUCGUGGUGUGCCGGACUAUACUAGCCUUCUCCAAUGCGCUGGCCAACUCUUCUCGCUCGGCUAUCCAGUGGACCUGGUUGCAGUCAACAAGGAUCAGUACCUUUCUGAUGGUGCUGUGGUCCAAGCAGACACCGGCAAGAAGCAGACCGACUUGCCAACCUACUCCUGGGACCACAACCGCUACUGGUGCGAAACUCGCUUCACCAAGGGACAUCGCCUCCGACCAUACCGCCAUACCAUCCUGGGUAGCCCCAUCACCGGGUCCAUUGAUAACCGCCCUCGCUGGAGGAACUUCCUUCGCCCUGGCGAGAUCCCGUGGCUCAAUGAGCACGUUGUUGAUGGCAAGAUCAUCUUCCCUGGUGCUGGCUACAUCAGCAUGGCCAUCGAAGGUGCCCUUCGGUUGAAAGGCGGUGUUGAGAGCGUGAAGGCUAUCCGCAUGAAGGACAUUAUGGUCAAGUCUGCCCUAAUCGUUAGCACUGCUGACAUGGGUACCGAAGUCCUCCUUGAGAUGAAGCCGGUCACUACGUCUGCGAAGAGUCGAUCUGCUGAAUGGUACGAAUUCGGUGUCUAUUCCUAUGAUGAGAAUGAGCGCUGCUCUGAGCACUGCCAUGGUCUCAUUGCCGUUGAUAAGGGCGCCGCCGCUCCAAUUGCGCCGAUCAAGAAUUAUCCGGCGCUUGACGCUUUGCGUCUCGAGAGCAACCGCAGCCAGAUGCCAAGUUCCUUCUAUGCUCAUUUGAAUGACCUCGGAUUGCAGUAUGGUGAGAACUUCCGUCUUGUCUCCGGCAAUGUUGAGAGCGGCCCUGGAUACGCUUAUGGGCCCAUCACCUACGAUCCAACCGCUGUCCUCUCAGCAGAGGAGUUCGACAAGACUGUUUUGCAUCCAUCGCUCCUCGAUUCCACUUUCCACGUGAUCUUUAGUGCGAUCGAGAGCCGUUUGGGACGUGCUUUGGAUGAGGCAUACGUUCCGUCCUUCAUCCGCAGCCUUGACAUUUCUGGCUCCUUCGUCGACUCUGUCAGCGACCGCAGCACACAGGAGUUCAAUAUAGUCUCCUUCACUGAGCUGCCGACCCACCGCGUCGCCGUCAGCGACCUGGUUCUGACCCAGGGCGACCAUCUCGCCCUUGAAAUGCAAGGCCUUGAGGUCACUGCUUUGGGCACUGGUGUCAACGAUGGCCAGGAGGGCCGCUCGCUGUUCUUCCGCCAACGCUGGCAGCCGUCCUUCGACUCACUCACCUCGUCUAUAAACACUCCUUCUUUGCGAUCUCUUGCCAGCGUCGUGGAUGUUUUCGUGCACCAGCACCCUGACACUCGCAUCUUGACCUUCUCCGCCAACUCCGAGCGCGUCACCGAAGUCCUCAAGUACCUUGGCACUGCUGCGCAUGAGAGGCGACGAUUCAAGUGCCUUGACAUCGCUCAGUCAUCUGCCAACGGUGAUGCUGCGAAGUACGAAGAGAUCAAAAACAAGAGCGGCGGCCUAGUUGAUAUCCGUGAGCCGAAUACUGAAGAGCUUUACGACCUCGUCAUUAUCAGCGACGGGUCUGGUGUUGACCCGCUCCCGCAUAUGAAAGAUAACGCUGUCGUCAUCUACGAUGGCGCCAACUUGCCGACCAACCCUGACCUCGAACAAGUCUUCUAUAAGGACGGAAUCCUUUCCGCUUACAGGCGCCCUCGCACUGCCGUGGCUCCUGGAGACUUGACUGUCAUUGUGUCGUCCCUUCUCAGCAAGCGCGUUAGCUCGAUCAUCUCCGCCAUAAAGACUAGCGCUCCAGCAUCUGUCAACACCAUGACCUUCGCUGAACUGUCCAAGAGCUCUCAGCCAAUCACUAAGGAUGCCAUUGUCCUCUCCAGCUUCGAUGAGGGCAUUGACGACGCUGAUACAUUCGCUGGAAUCAAGAAACUCCUGGGUGAGGUUCAGAAAAACGUCGUCUGGGUCACCGAAGGUGCGGUUAUGGAGUCCUCCAAUCCCGCUCACGCUAUGGUCAUCGGGCUUGCUCGAACCGCCCGAAGCGAAAAUGAUCAGCUGCGCUUGGUCACGCUUGACCUGCCCGUGGACCACCCUGCCAACCGCAUCGUCAGCCGCGUCUUCGAGGUUCUUGAUACCAACUUGGAUGAAGAUGAACUUUGCGAACGCAAUGACUGCCUCUACAUCCCUCGUGUUGAGGCCGACGAUAGCUUGAACAGCAAACUCCGCCACGGCUUCGGCAAGGAACCUCGCCUCCAGCAGCUUGGAUCUGCUCCUCUUGCCCUCAAAUUCGAGAAGGCUGGUCUCCUUGAGACUCUUCACUUCGCUGAGGAUGAGCAGAUCGUCGACAAUGACCUUGGCCAAGAUGAGCUGGAGAUUGAAGUCCGCGCUGCGCCUGUUAACUUCCGUGAUGUUGCUGCUGCCACUGGAAGCAUUGAAGACAACAAGCUUGGUGACGAAUGCGCUGGAGUGGUCCUACGCAUCGGCUCAGCUGUCAGCAAGGAGCAAUUCCAGGUCGGCGAUCGUGUCAUUGCUCUCCGACCUGGUCAGGGUGCGCACAAGACUAUUGUCCGCAAUCCAGCUAGCUUGUGCCAUAAGUUGACCGGACCGACCACCUUCGCGACUGUCUCUACCAUGCCACUCAUCCUCUGCACGGCGUACUACUCCCUCCUUGAAGUUGGCCGCCUCGGCGCAGGUGACACAGUCCUCAUCCACUCUGCCGCUGGCGGAGUUGGACAGAUGGCUAUCCAACUUGCUCGCCGCCAAGGCGCUCGCGUCCUUGCUACUUGCAGCACAAAGGCGAAGCGUGACCUUCUUCGCAACAAGCUCGGUGUUCCGGAUGAUCAGAUCUUCUCAUCCACCGACGACUCCUUCGUGGCUGGUGUCCUGAAGGCAACCAACGGCCAAGGUGUUGAUGUUGUUCUCAACAGCUUGUCUGGUCCUCUACUCCAAGCCACUUGGGAGUGCAUGAAUGCUUUCGGACGAUUUGUUGAGAUCGGCAACAAAGACAUCUCUCAGAAUUCCAAGAUCAGCAUGGAUCCCUUCCGCCGAAGCGUUACCUUCUCUUCCGUCGACCUGAAGACUAUGUAUGAGUGCAACAAGUCCCUUCUGUCUCGUAUUUUCAAUCAAUGCUGCAAAUUGGUCAAUAAUGGCGAGAUUGUCCCGCCAGAGAGCAUCUACGAGUUCUCAUAUGGUGAGGCCGAAAAGGCUUUCCGGAUGGUACUAACUCGCACCCACCCCGGCAAGGCUGUCCUUGUCCCCAGCAAGGACGACAUGGUCAUGGUUACGCCUACGAAGUUCCGUGCCCGUCAGCUCUUUUCCACUGAGAAGACCUACCUACUUGUCGGCGGCCUUGGUGGCCUGGGCCGAACACUGGCUGAAUGGAUGAUCCGAAAGGGUGCAACAAAAAUUGCAUUCCUCUCCCGGUCUGGAACCAACAAAUCUGAAGCCAAGCAAACCGUCGACUGGCUCCUGUCUAGAAACGUCAGUGUUUCCGUCCAUAAGGGAGAUGUCAGCAUUCUUGCCGACGUUGAGGAAUGCAUCAAGGCUAUUGGUCCUUCCUUGGCUGGUAUCUUCCAGGCUGCAAUGGUCCUCCAAGACGCACCUUUGGAGAGCAUGACCUACAACCAGUGGACUACCUGCACCAAGCCCAAAUGCCUCGGAACGUACUAUCUGCACCGCGCCACGCUGAAGUUGAACUUAGAUUUCUUCGUCUGCUUCUCGUCUGUCGCCAACCCGCUUGGAAGCAAGGCGCAAGCAAAUUAUGCGGCUGCUAACCACUACCUCGACUCAUUAAUGCGCCUGCGUCGUGAGAUGGGUCUUGUCGGCACCUCUAUGAACGUCGGUGCAAUCACUGGCAUCGGUGUCAUUGCCCACGAUGUUGCCCUUCAAAAGGUUAUGGAGCGUCUCGGAAUGGAUCUUGUCAACGAAGAGGAACUCCUCUACCAGAUCGAGACUGCGGUCACCUCCGACUGCUCCAAAGCCGAUACUCGCGGCACUGACCAGCACACCCUGAUCACAGGCAUCAACCUCAAGCGCAAUGAUGUUUACUGGGCCACCAAGCCGUUGCUUCGCAACCUUUAUGCAAACCAUGACUUUGUCGCUCGUGACACGGGCGGUGACGGUAAGAACUUGACUGCAAUGCUUGCAGCAGCGAAGACUAUCGAGGAGAAGACUCCAAUCCUCCUCGAGGCCUUCAUUGAGAAGAUUGCGGCAGUCCUUGCUGUGCCCGUUGACAACAUAAUGGCCACCAACCCGCUCUCCAGCUACGGUCUUGACUCAAUCGUUGCGGUUGAAUUCAGGAAGUGGUUCAGGAAGGUCAUUGACGUCGACGUUGCUCUCUUCGACGUUCUUGGUGCCAAAUCUAUCCAGGUUUUGGUGCAGAAGGCUGCCAGUCUGAUCUCCACCGCACCGGCACCCGGAGCCGAGAAGGCCGAAAAGAAGGAGAAAGCGGCUGAAGUCAAGACUGAGAGCAUUGAUGCUGCCAUCAUCCCGAAGGCUGAUCUUUCCAAGCCGAUUCCGAUGUCAACCUUCCAGUCUCGCCUGUGGUUCGUCCACAAUUUCCUGGAGGACAAAUCGUUCUUGAACUUGCCAUUGAUUAUGCACAUCAAGGGCAAGCCGAACAUGGAAAUCUUCCUCCAGGCCUUCCAGGAGAUGGUUCGCCGCAACCCCAUCCUGACCACUGCGCACUUCGAAGGUGACGAAUUUGCCGAGCAGAGACCCAACCCCGACUUCGAGACCGAAAUCAGCAUGCGUGACCUCUCUCAAGACCCCGAUCCAAAGGGAGCUCUGGAGGCGUUCAUUGCCUACAAUCGCCGCAUCGAGUUGAACAUCGAAGAGGGUGAGGUUUUCUCCGCUGCCAUGGCCAAACUGGGUGAGGACCAGUAUGUCAUGGUCAACAUGUUCCAUCACAUCGCUGUUGAUCGUGGUUCCUCCAAGCCAUGGAUGGACCGCUUCGCUGUCAUGUACGAUGCCAUGCGAACCGGCAAGGAUAUCGCUUCCCUCGCCACUCCGAGCGUCUCGUAUGCCGAUUUCACUGUUUGGCAUAAUGAGCUCUUGGCUUCCCCUGCGAUUCAAGAGCAUGUGGACUUCUGGAAGAACUCCCUCAAGGGAGCACCCGACGCUGUCAAGUUACUACCAUUCUCGAAGGUCCCUGAGCGCCCGCAACGCGCCAUUCCUCAGCGCGCUGUGCACAGGGCUGUCCUUGGAGCCCAGCUUCUCAACCGCAUGAAGCGCAUCUGCGCCCAGUCGAAUGCCACGCCGUUCCACUUCCUCAUGGCCGCCUUCCGUGCCUUCCUCUUCCGCUACACCGAGGAUAAGGACAUUGUCAUGCUCAUGAUUGAUGGCAACCGACCUCAUCCAGAUCUCGACGAGCUCACGGGGUUCUUCGUGAACAUGAUUCCUCUCCGCCACCAGGAUGACUGCUCCGAAAUGGCCUUCGAUGAGCUCUUGGCACUUUCCUCCGAACGCACGCUCACUGCCAUGCAACACACUAGUGUUCCGUUCGAUGCCAUUGUUGAUUUCAUGGAAGUGCCGAAGAAGCCAGAGCACUUCCCUCUUGGACAAGUUGCCAUUAACUACCAGGUCCAUGGCGACUGGCCUCCGUACCACACCGAGGACUUUGAUAUCACCAAGAUCGAAUCCGAUGAUAUCCCGACCGCUUGUGAGCUACAGCUGGAAGCAUUGGAAGAGACCGACAAGGGACUGAGCCUCCGUAUGGAGUACUCCACUCCUCUCUAUAGAGAUGCGGACAUGGAACGAUUCCUUGACAACUUCUUGACCUUCUUGAGCGCCUCCAUUCGCGACCACCGUCAACCCAUCGCGGAGAUCCCUUUGUGCGGUGAUAAAGAGCUGACGCUUCUGAAGGAGAAGUUUUGGAACCAGGAGUAUGUCCCAAAUUACUGGGGAGACGUCUCGAUCCUGGAGCGCAUCCACAACUUUGCCGAAGCUACUCCUCACAAGACAGCAGUUAAGUCUUCGAACGGAGACUCCGUCACCUAUGCACAGUUGGCUCAAAGAGCGGGCUCACUGGCAAAGCACUUGCGUGAUAACGGCGCGACCGAUCAGGAUGUGAUCGGUGUCCUUGCCGUUCCAGGCGUGGAACAGAUCAUUGGCAUCGUCGCUGCAUUGAUCAACGGCGGCGCGUAUCUGCCCAUGGACCCUGAAUUUGCGGUCGACCGACUUGCCUUCAUGGCCAGCGAUGCCAACACCCGCUUCAUACUGACCAGCGGCGAACUUAGCAAGGAAGUCUCCAAGAUCGCAGAGAAGUGCACCAACUCUCCCCAGUACAUUCGCGUUGCAGAUGCCUGCUCUGGAGCGGAGGUCCUUGCCUACAACAAGACACCGGAUUCGAAGAAUCCUUUCUACAUGAUCUAUACUUCGGGGAGUACUGGAAAGCCCAAGGGUGUGGUGCUUACUCAUGGUGGCACCCAAGGCAUGCUGAGCAAUCUGAAUCAUGAUUUUGGAUUCUGUGCCAGUGACAAGAUGCUGCACCAGUCUUCAAUGUGCUUUGAUCUCUCGGUCACCCAGAUCUUCACUGGUCUCACCGCAGGUGGAACGCUUUGCGUUGCCUCCCGCGAUACUCGCAGAGAUCCCACAUCCCUUGCCGACUUCAUCAAUGUCGAAGCCUUGACCUUCACUUACUUCACGCCCACUCACUUCACUUUGCUGCUCGAGCAGAAUGCGGAAGCUCUCAAGGCCAACAAGGCCUACCGCAUUGCGUUCUUCGCCGGUGAGCGCUUCCCCGUCCGUGUUGCGAAGGCCUUCUACGACCUUGGAACUCCAGCGACCGCGUACAACUUGUGGGCUCCAUCGGAGACCACUGUCCAGAACACCAAGCACACCAUUUUGUACCCCAAGGAGGGCGAUGUUGAUGUCCCGAUCGGCUUCCCUCUCGCCAAUAACCACCUGUACCUCUGCGACAACCGCAUGCAGCCUCUCCCGUUCGGUUUCAUCGGAGAAAUCUGUGUCGGUGGGGUCCAGACCGGUGCCGGCUACCUCAAUCGGCCUGAGAAAACCGCUGAGACCUUCGUUCUUGAUCCCUUUGCUACCGACGAUGACAUUGCCCAGGGAUGGACUCACGUCUUCCGGACCGGUGACCGUGGCCGGUACCGACCUGAUGCUCAACUUGAGUUCCAUGGCCGUCUUGCCGGUGACAAGCAGAUCAAGCUUCGAGGAUUCCGCAUUGAUCUAGGCGAGGUCGAGCAACGCCUCUACAGCGAGUCCCAAAAAAACAGUGUGAACGGUCUUGCUGAUGUCGCUGUCGUUGCCCGCAACUUCAGUGCCGAGUCUGAGGAUUCUGCCAUGGAUGAGCGCCAGCUCGUGGCAUACCUGAUCGCCAAGUCUCCCGUGGCUGCUAGCCAGCGAAAGGCCUACGUCACCAAGAUCCACGCGGCCAUCGCUGAGAACCUCAACUCCUACAUGCUGCCCAAUGGCUACGUGUUCUUGGACAAUAUGCCUCAGCUACCUUCCGCCAAGGUCGAUCGUCAGAACCUCCUCCAGCGUGACCUUGAUUUGGUCUUCCCUUCCAGCAUUCAGAGCGCCGUCGAGCAAGCUGUUGAAGAGGAAGAGGAGAAGACUGACGAGGUUGAGAACAAGCUCGAAGACGACGUCCUGAAGCUCUUUAGGGACGUCCUCGGCGCUGGACGCACCAUCGAGCUUAAUGAUAACUUCUUCGAGCGCGGUGGUAACUCCAUCCUCAUGGUCCGUCUUCAGUCUAAGCUGAAGAGGACAUAUAAGAUCGCCCCUCCACUACCAGAGAUGGUCAAGAAGCCUUUCCCUUCCGCUCUGGUCGAGUUCCUUCGUAACAAACUCAGCGGCGGCAAUGCUAAAACCUCCUCCAGCAUGAUCAGCUGGAGCAAGGAGGCCAUGCUGCCAUUCGAUGGUCGUUACAUCCCUCGCUAUGGCACUCCAGCCGUUGAUCGCUCUUCCAUCUCUGGUGUUCUCUUGACUGGUGCCGAGUCAUACAUUGGUCUCCAUCUGCUGGCUCAGCUCCUCGCUGAGAACCCCUCUGUCCACGUUCACGUCCUCGGUUCCGCUGCACAAAUUACCAUGGCCGACCUUGAAGCCCAGUUCGUCAAGUAUCAGCUGUUCUCCAAGGCCAUCACCAAGGAUGAGCUUGUCGACCGUGUCUCCGUGGUAUCAGGCUAUCUCGGACCGGAUCAUUUCGGCCUCAACAAGCAGGACUUCAAAAAGCUCGCUCGGAAUAUUCAGUCCAUCUAUCAUCUCGGUGGCAUGGUCUCACUUCUCCAAAGCUACUCCAGCCUUCGUGAGCAUAACGUCAAGCCCAUCUUGGAUCUCCUCGAGCUCGCCAGUCAGGGUGACUCCCUCACUGAGCUGGUGUACCUUUCCACAUGGUCUGUCCUUCACCUUCAAGCCUGGAAGGGCAGCAAGCGCACCAGCGACUCCAUCAUCACCACAGAAGAGCCAUCCAUGCUCUUCACUCCUCCGGAGUCCGAGGAAUACGGCUACUUCAAGACCCGAUGGGUGGCUGAGAACCUGCUUCAACAAGCCGCCUCCCGGGGCUUCCCCGUCACCAUCGCCCGCUCCUCCGCCGUCAGCGCUAGCACCACAACCAACGCCCCCGAGCCCGCCGACGGAUUCAUCUCCCGCAUGAUCCUCGACAUGAUCGACUCCGGUCUUGUCCCGGAGAUGAAGGGCGCCGAUGCCUCCGCUCCUCCCUCCGCCAUCGACUUCGUCCCCGUCGACUACCUGGUGAGCACUCUGGUGACUCUCACCUCCGAGCAGAAACUGCGACCACUCCCCGGCAUGCCCGACAUCCGCCACAUCGGCAACGUCGCGCCCAUGAAGCUUUCGGACCUCCCUGCCGUCGUUGACCACGUGCGGCCCAGGAAGGGAGGCGCGAAGCUUGUGCCGCUCGAGCAGUGGCUGACCGCCAUGGAGAAUCAGGGAAGCGGUGGCGAUGCGGAUGGCGAGACGAUCAAAUACACCGUGCUGAGCGAGUUCUUGAGGAAUGGGCAUGUGAUGUUCGCGUUGGAUCAGAGCAAAACAGAGAGGGCUUUGAGGGAUGUGCCCGAGGAUGUGCAAUGCCCGCCGGUUAAUGCGGCAUUCUUGAAGGACAUGUGGCUCAGGGCACAUUCGGGCUGAGCGAUGAUGAAAACCAAAUAUUGGAUACUCCCCCCACUAAUGUUUUUCCUUUGUAUGGGUUGGUUCGGCGGUAACUGAUGGCGUUGGGGUUGACUUGGUGAAUGGCCUGUCAUGAUUUCGGGCGCAAUGGGUUGGGGAAUGUGGC